AUGCUUCGGCUCCGCUUGCUGACGUGGGACGUGAAGGACACGCUGCUGCGGCUGCGGCAGCCCGUGGGGGAGAGUUACGCAGCCGAGGCCCGGGCUCACGGGGUCCAGGUGCAGCCAGAGACUCUGAGUCAGUCGUUCCGGGAGGCAUAUGGAGCCCAGAGCCGGCGAUUCCCCAACUACGGCCGGGGCCAGGGCCUCAGCUCCCAGCAGUGGUGGGUCGACGUUGUGAAACACACCUUCAGGCUCUCAGGUGUGCAUGAAGACAGAGUUGUAACGCUGAUGGCAGAGAACCUCUACCGUGACUUCUGCAGUGCCCAUAACUGGGAGGUGCUGCCAGGAGCCGGUGAGACCCUGAGCCAGUGCUGCCAGCGCGGCUUCCGCAUGGGAGUCAUCUCCAACUUCGAUAACCGGCUGGAAAAAAUCCUCUCCCAGUGCAACCUGCGGCACCACUUCGAAUUCGUCCUUACCUCUGAGGCCGCAGGCUUCACCAAGCCGGACAGGAGGAUCUUUGAGAAAGCCCUGCGCCUCGGUGGUGUCCCCCCAGACCAGGUGGCUCACGUGGGGGAUGACUACACCCGGGAUUACAGGGCAGCCCGAGCCGUGGGCAUGCACGGAUUUCUGCUGCGGGCUGCCAGGCAGGGCGUGGAGCCGGAGGUGCCCCCUGAGCAUGUCCUGCCCACACUCAGCCACCUCCUGACUCGUAUCGAGAAGGGGUAG